CUGAUGACAGCGGCACAUCGCACGGUCGGUAGUGAGGAACUACCAUUUCACUCAAUACAGCGGACUUCAUUUUUACACUUAUUCUUAAUGUUUUAAAAGUCGGAAGACCAAACUUAAGGAGUCGUUAUUAUAAAUCAGUUAUUUUCGAUAUUUCCUAUAUCGGAUUGAAUCGAUAAGACGGAAGCAUCUAGAACAGCCGGGUCGCCCUAUCACUCUCAUCAGUUUAACCGGAUUCAAACAUGAGGAGUUUGCCGUAUUUCUGUCGAGGAAAGGUUAUCCGUGGGUUUGGACGCGGAAGCAAGGAACUGGGCAUCCCGACAGCCAACUUCCCAGAGUCGGUGGUGGACAGUCUCCCUGCUGACAUCAGCACCGGUAUCUACUAUGGGUGGGCACGCGUGAAUAACGGAGACAUUCACAAGAUGGUCAUGAGCAUCGGCUGGAAUCCUUACUACAAAAACACUAAGAAAUCAAUGGAAACGCAUGUGAUUUACAAUUUUAAGGAAGACUUCUAUGGCCAGAUAUUGAGCGUAGCUAUGGUCGGCUAUAUUCGUCCUGAGAAAGGAUUUCAAUCACUUGAUGAGUUGAUAUCAGCGAUUCAAAGUGACGUUGAGGAGGCGAAGAGAAAGCUGGAUCUGCCCGAGCACUUGAAACUGAAGGAGGACAACUUCUUUAAAACAUCAAUAUCUACAACGCCAAAUCAGAUCAUGAAUGGCCACAGACUGUAACACACUACCCACAAUCCCCUUUCCUAUUUAAAGCCAGUUACUACAUAUGCAGGAUGUUAUUUUUGUAUUUAAAAAAAUCUUGAAGUGACCAUUUCUUCAUAGUUUUUUUGCGCGGUUGUGAUGUAGAAAGAAGGAUUGUGUUUUCAUGUACAGUGCUAACAUGAAAUGUCUCGUUUGGAAGUCGAAUCCAUUACAUGGAUCCAUCACGUUACACAUAAACUGGAAAGGAAUCUCCCCUUCACAGUUCUCAAUGUUUACCAGAGACCUUUUGCAUUGAUACAACACGAAGGUCAGGAAGUAUUUUUACCUUUGUCAAACCACAGAAUUGGUCGAAUCUUUCUGCAGAUUUUCCACUGUAAACAAAUCAUUUUGUCUGUAUCUUUAACUUGAUUUUGGGAAGGACCCCGCAAGGGAUUAAAAUGGCUCACUUGAACAGUAGUGGAAAUUGAAAUUCCUCGUUGACACAAAACAAAUGGCUUUUAUAUGGUUCUCAGAGAACCGUACCCAGAGGUGGAAGUCCAAGCUUGAGAUAAAAAGAGCUGAAGGCCAGUUUGUCGCCUACUAUGAAUGCACAACUGGUCACACAGAGAUAUGGCUGUACAUAAUUAUUGAAUUGAAUUUUAGUGAUGUUUUUAAUAUUUAAGAGUGUGUACAGAUAGCAAAAAGUUAUUUUUUUUAAAGUGACUCAGCAGAUAGUACUCUGGUAAGCUAGUUGGAAGUUCAGAUUUACUAGUUUCUAUACCCUAUCAGAAAAUGAUCAAAAAAUGGUCUCAAGCUGUCACUGGGGCGCUACCCUUUCAAAAAGUAAAACUUAGCAGCUAAAGAGUUAAUAUUAGUAGCUCAGAGGUACAUAUUAGGACUUGAAAGGUACAUAUUUGUAUGAAAUGUAAACAUAUUUGUACCUUAAGUGUACAUAUUAUGGUCUUUUUAAAGGUUACUGCCCCUGUACGAGCUUGGGUCCAUUUUUUGACCUUUUUAUCUGACAGUGUUGAACGUUUGCUGCUGGUUUUGUGUCAGACUAUAGCACUUAUUUGUGAAAUGCUGCUUUUCCAAUGCUUGGUACAUUUUGAAUAGUUGUGUUUUAUGUCAGGGCAGUGCCUUUAACAUGUCAAAUCAUAAUAGUUUAAACAUAUAAGGGCAAAACCCUGCAUUUCAUCCAGCUUGACUUGUAAAAUUAAAGAGCCUUGUUAACGUUGUCUGUCAAACAAUCUGUAAUCAAAGUAGAGCGAUUUAUUCUUGAUGCCACAUAUACUGGAUUAUUUCUGGUUCUAUAAUAAUAAAAUAUUCAUUAAAAAUUA